CAUAGUAACGUUUACACAAGAGGUAGUAUAAUAAACGAAGAUUUUAGCACGUCGAGCUAGCGAACUUCAGGCAGGGAAUGAAUCUAAAUUACCUAACGAGUUGUUUUGAUGCGUUUUAAAAGCCACCGUGGCAAGCUAGGAGUGUGAUGUGAUUAUUUAAUAGGAGUAGAGAAUGUGCCUGCAGUCUGUAAACUUACACCGCCUGGUUGCACGCUUAUGGACAGGCUACAUUAAAUAAAAAAUAAAAAACAGGUUUAUUGAAUGUUAAUCCACUUAUGCAAGCUAGGUUGCUACUGUCAAGACAAGGGUGUGCCGAUGUACACCACAACAUUUUGUUUAGCCUACUGUGUUUUCAUGUAAGUGGAGUUCGCUAACCAUAGGCUAGGCUAUAUGACAGCUGAUUGAAAGACGGUUUGUCAAUGAAAUCAAGCGGCUUUCGUUGAAUAAGUUAACUCGGUUACUUUUUCUAGGCGUUGAAGCUGGUAAUGUGGCACCGUACGAAAGUCUAGUCUACGGACGUACCUUUCAAGUUGGAAGUAGGCUAUUACGUUUGCAUGCUAACCUUACAUUAACGCUGUUACUGGUGGAAUGCAGCAUGCCAUAACUUUAGCUAGCGCACUAGAUUUUGUGACGAAAGAUUUAGGGCAAACUUGGUGGCCCUCAAACAUGACUUAGUUAUGAAAUUAUCGUUUGUUGAUAACUGAUUAACUCCAGUGAUUCAGACCAAAAUAUAAAAUUAGCUACCUGGUCGGCCACGGAGCGGAUAUUUUUGGGUUAUGUCUAGUUUUAGUGUUCCACCUUUGGGCAACCUUCCACAGUGGCCUCGAGUUGGAAGCCUGCACAAAGCCCAUUUUCCACGGCCACUGCCUCGAGACCGACUGCAGCCACUGCCCAAUCUACCUCGCGUGGACUCCCAGGUGGCAACUUGCGCACAAGGCGUCGUGGAUACGAGGGUGGCAUCGCUGGAGAGAGAUAUUCAUUUCUUACAGCAGCAGCAUAAAGAAACAUUGGAUAAAUUGCACGGUGAAUUGGACGGUCUGAAGCGGGAGAAUAAAGAGCUUCAGUACCAGCUGAUCAUGGAUCCACCUCACAAUAACAGAAAGGGCACCAGCAGAAGAGCCAAUCACCCGAAUCACAGAGCAGAACCUGAGCCCCAAGAGGAAGCCUCCCAAGAGCGAGCCCUGUGCGAGAGCCCCCACUCACAGCAAGCUACCCCCAGUAGCGGCACAGAGCACAGUGACGCCAUCUCAAAGAGCACAGACACCACGGCCCCUUCCGGGCCCGAGCCGGAGCCCCCGAAGGAGGCGACGGGAGGCCUCAUCACCUCCCUGCAGCCCCUGCGGAUUCACUGCAGUCCCUCGCAGCCCCCCCGCGCCCCCACCCUGCAGGAGUGCGAGGUCAUCAUUAGACAGCUGUACAACGCCAACAGCCUGCAGUCUCAGGAGAUACUGCGGGUGAAGGCUGCUCUGAAGGACAUCAUGUUGAGCAAAAAGAUUUCCCCCGAGACCUACGUCAUGACCAAGGCCUACCUGGCCGACAGCAGCAGAACUGAAGAAAACGAGAGGCUUCCGAAACUUCAGCUAGAACCCUUACCAAAGAGACUGGAGGGGUCCCGUCUGGGCCUGGCCGAGCGAGAGAUCCUGCCGUCCCUGAAGCAGAGCCUGGCCGGGGGCGUGGCGGAGCGACAGAGGAGGCUCCCGGCCCUGCACAGGGGCCGUCCGAGGAGGACGGUGCUCUGAGAGGGACAAACCGCACCGAACGGCACACUCCAGGACGCCAAAGACACGGGACGGAGCCGCUGGCACAAAUGCAACGGCAUCAACACGAUACUCUCUGCUAUUCAAAAUGUCAUUUUCAACUGCCAUCUGCUUUUAAAAAUAUAAACCAAGAUGAUCCAA